AUGCCCACAGAGCUUGAAGAGCUUGUCGGCUUCAUUGCCAGCCCGAACCCACAGAUCAGGGCAGUCGCCGUUGAGAACCUUGUGGGUUACUCAACAGCGCAGCCCUCAAUCUUCAAAAUCAACCAAUUGGUGCCGGUAAAGAACCUCAAAGUUCUAGUCCAGGACCGCCCACAAAUCGCCCAACAUGCCCUGACGAUAUUAGUAAAUAUCGCCGCAGAUGCCGAGAUCCUCAGCUUCUUGGCUACGGAUGAAAAUUUUUUAGAUGUCAUUUUCUCUCGGAUAACGAACCCUUCAGAGCCUGGUGCGAAUCUUUUGGCAAUGCUGCUCGCAAAUUUGGCCAAGUGGGACGGACUGAAGAAUAUUGUGAAUCGAAAGCAGAAGGCGCCUGAAGGUUUGCCAUCAGACGAUCUUGUUCUCAACCAGCUGGUCGAUCUUUUCGUCAAGGGCGCCGACGGCUCUUACAACAAAGAUGCCAACUACGACUACCUUGCAUACUUGUUUGCUGACCUAGCCAAGCAUCAAGAAGUCAGGCAGUACUUCGUCAAGCGGCAAGAGUACGAUGCUGUGAUCCCAUUGACUAAACUAAAGGUCUUCACCGAGCACAAGUCUGACAUCAGACGCAAGGGAGUGGCGAGCACCAUCAAGAAUGUUGCUUUUGAUGUGCCGUCACACCCUCUGUUCUUUUCUGAGGAUGAGAUCCAUAUCUUUCCGUACAUCUUGCUGCCAAUCAUGGGCAGCGAAGAAUACGAUGAAGAUGACAUGAUGGCGAUGCUGCCCGAGCUGUCAUUACUUCCACCAGAUAAGGAGCGUGACCACGAUACCAGCAUCAUUCAGACACACGUGGAGACCUUGAUGCUCUUCACGACGACUCGGCAAGGGCGGGAUCGGAUGAGAGAGAUUAAAGUCUAUCCCAUCAUCCGAGAGACACAUUUGCGCGUCAAGGAAGAGAGCGUAAAGCUCGCCUGCGAGCGAUUAGUACAGGUCCUAAUGCUCGAUGACGAGGUCGAAGAGAAUGGCGCACGUGUCGUGGAGUUAGACGACGACGACGACGACGACGACGGAAAGGUGGUUGAGGUAUAA